UCGUGUUAUCUGUCCGUAAUAUUGAUCUUCGACUAGUUUGAACUUUCUGACAUUAGCACCGUGGUUAUGGUUUUGUACACAGAUGGCUAGUUUACUAGCCGAGCGGUUAUCAUUGACACGACUUUUCAAGCUAACACGAAUAACAAUGGCAGUCCUUUUCGCUAAUUACAUUUUCACGGUGUCGUCGUAGAUAUGGAUGACUAAACAUUUUUUUUCAGCGGAAUUAUAAAUAUGAUAAUGUUGUAUAGGUAGAAAGUCUUGUUAGUUGUGUAAAUUUGGGAUUUUUUUAAAAAAAUUAUUAUUAUUAUUUUUUAAUCGUUUAAAAAAAAUCUGCUCGCUAGCUGUUUAGCCAGGCUUUAACUGGUUGGAUCAUCUGUCUGACUGGAUGGUGUAGUUCAAGAUGUGUUAGGUUCAGCUAGUUGUCUCGAUUAUUUGGCCUCCUUCAUGAUGCCAUUUUGUUUCCAUUUCCUUUGUCAGGACCCUUAUUUAUUUAUUUAUUCAUUCAUUCAAUUUAAAUUUUUUUUUUUUUAAACAAAGGUCAGCACAUAAUACACGCAUUAACCCGUUUAAAAAGACAGGCUGAACCCCAGAAGUCAGGCUUGAGCUGGUCAAACUGGUAGCUAUUAUUAUUAUUAUUAUUUAUUAUUAUUUAUUAUUGUUAUUGUUGUUGUUGUUGCUGCACCUCUCAUUGUUCUUAUGAUCAUCGGUGCUGGUCUUGCGCUUGGGAGUCCAAACUGUUCUCUCUAACAGCAAAUAAUCUGAUGUGAAUGCCAGAAAUGGAAAUGUGUAUGAUGUGUUUUUACCUCUGAAAUACAGAAGAGGUCAGCCCUGUCCGCCUCAGGAUUUCGAAAUCGUUUGGACUCCUCUACAGGCUGUACAGCCCUGAAAGUAUUGCAGUUGUUUGGCAAUCUCGAGCUGGAAAUAUUUUGUUCGGCGCUAGUUCUGGGAAAAUUACGUACUGUUGUUGUGUGUUUUUUUUUUUUUUUUUUAUUUUUUUUUUUUAUAGAUGUUUGCACUUUGCUGUAUUUAUUCUGAACGCAUUUGCUGAGAUGUGUCCUUCCGUCCAGGUGGUGCUGAUAACGUUCUUUCUGGGUUUGACUGCAAUGGAGGGCUCGGAUAAUGCAGAUCAAGGCAGUAGCGAACAGACCGAUUCGCAACGCAGGCAACAGCAGGACCGCCUUCGCAGAGAGGAGGCCUUCUACCAGUUUGUUAACAAUCUGAGCGAGGAGGACUACAGGCUGAUGAGAGACAACAAUCUUCUCGGCACACCAGGUGAAAUUACUGAGGAAGACUUGUUGAACCGCCUUCAUCAGAUUAGGGAUGGCCCUGAGCAGCCACACAGUAGUAGUAGUAGUAGUAGCAGCAGCAGCAGCAGCAACAUUCCUGAAGUCAGUAGGGGGGAGCCCAGAGUUACAGAGGCAGAGGGUACAGAAGAAGCAUCCAAUGGCGACACCCUUCUUGACUGGCUCAACACUGUGCGUCAAACCGGCAACACAACAAGAAGCGGGCACCGGGGCAACCAGUCAUGGCGUGCAGUGAGCCGAACCAAUCCAAGUAGUGGAGACUUCCGCUUCAGCUUGGAGAUCAAUAUCAAUCGCAGCAUCGCUGAGCAGCAGACACAGACUGAGGCAGAGCGACUAGACGCAGACCAAAGCCGUGCUGAUGGCUCUGUAUCGGAACCUGAGACACCCAUGGAGGCGGCAGAGGUGGUUGAAGAGCCAGUGGUGGAAGAGAUGGCUGUUAUAGUCGAACCAGAGCUUCCUGCACCUAAUAGCCCAGCUGUAACCAGGCCGACAAGCCCACAAAAUCCGCUCCCAACUUCUCCAAGUCUGCCUCAAGUAGAGCGGCCAAGUCGAGGCCAGAUUAGAGCUCGUAGCCCAAGCCCGGAACAGCGCAGAACCAGGGCGCGAACAGCUAGGAGUCAUUUAGCCCUCAGCCUGGACCAGUUAGAUGGGCUUCCGCAGGCUCGCCAUGGACUACCUUCUCGAAGUCCUUCUGAACCUGUCCCAGACGUUCAGGUGGACGGCAGCUCCAGGACACGACUACACGUUCUUUCUCGGCAGAAUAUACAGUUAGAAAGCGAGGAAACUAUAGCAGCCACAGAGCCCCAACCAGCACCUCAGCCCCACCAGGAAACCGAAACACCUUCAGGGGAAGGAGGCGCUUCAGCCCGACGUCCUCCAACAAUAAUGCUGGACUUGCAGGUUCGUAGGGUGCGACCGGGCGAGUACCGCGAGAGAGACAGCAUCGCCAACCGUACCCGCUCUCGAUCACAGACCUCCAACAACACUUUCUUGUAUGAAACAGAGCGUGGAGGCUUUCGCAGGACCUUUUCACGUUCUGAGCGGGCCGGUGUGAGGACGUACGUCAGUACUAUCCGUAUUCCCAUCAGGAGGAUCUCCGAUGCUGGGCUCGGCGAGGCCACUUCCAUGGCCCUGCAGUCCAUGAUCCGGCAGAUCAUGACUGGCUUUGGCGAACUCAGCUACUUCAUGGACUCGGACUCGGACUCCACGGACUCGAGCCGUGGCUCCAACCCCGCGGCGGAUCUAGCCGAUGCUCUGGGAAAUCCAGAUGCUGGAAGUCCCUCUACUGUGACUGAGCCAUCACCUGGGGCAGGAGGCUCAAAUCAGAGUGGCUCAGAAGCACAGACUGAAGAGCGGGAAGAUAGUGGUGCAGCUCUAAGAGAGAGCAGAGCAAGGCAACGAGCUCCUAUCAGUCUAGAGGAGUCCGGCUCUUUGCCCUUUCUGCGACUUGCACAUUUCUUCUUGCUCAACGACGACGAUGAUGAUCAGCCCAGGGGCCUCACCAAAGAGCAAAUCGAUAACCUCUCCAUGCGCAAUUUCGGUGAGAGUGAUGCACUCAAGACCUGUAGCGUCUGCAUUACAGAGUAUGCUGAAGGCAACAAGCUUCGUAAACUUCCCUGCUCGCACGAGUACCACGUGCAUUGUAUUGACCGUUGGCUUUCAGAGAAUUCAACUUGCCCCAUCUGUCGCAGGGCAGUCCUUGUUUCUGCCAACAGAGAGAGUGUUGUCUAGACUCCUAUCAUACGUCAUGCUAUUCUUUCGCCUUACUAUAACAUUUGGUACCUUGUAACGAAUCGUGUCUUGCAGACACGCAAACCCAAACUAUACUAGAGCUACAGAUUGUAGAGUACAUUUACAGAGACACUUCACUUAUGCUCCAAUCCAGACUUUCAUCUCCUGAAGGUUCCAUCGAAAUAGUAAAUGUUAUUUAUCCAAAAUAUGUUUGAUUACAGUGCAACCUUGUGAUUUAAGAAUUAACUAAUCAUUUGUGCUUAUACGUUUAGACUGGGUGCAAUUUGAUUAGAUGGAAAUCAGGCAUUCUGAUAGUCGAAAGAUAUAUUUAUGUACAAUUUAUUGCUUUUGGAUUAUCUAAAGAAUUGCUUCGAUCCAUUGUAAUUGCAAUUUGGACUCCAUUUUAGGUUCUCAGCAAACGUAAAUAAGCAACGUUUUAUUAUUUUUUUUUUUAAUUUUUUUUUUUCCAGUAUACACAAGUGUAAAAAGAUUCAAUGCUAUUAAAUGAUCUAUGUGAGUUUUCAGUUUGGCCAACAAGAACCUUUUACUUAAGCUAAGGACCGUGUUUCCUCAAACAUCAAUUCAGCCUAGUCUAAUAUAUCGUCAUUGGGAGUUCUUAAAAAUCCAUUUCAGCCUUAAUUGAAUCUGUGUCUGGAAUAUCUCUCAUUGAUUUUUU